ACUCCUUUUUCUCUGAAAAAAUCUCUCUCUCCGUCGAAGAAAUUAAACCUGCAGCCUCCAACAAAUGGAAGCCACGAGCAGAAGUAGUACGGCGGCGGACCCAUGUCGGCCGCCGGAGAACCCAUUUUCCGGCGACCAAGAUCAAGAAGAAGAACCCAUUUUAUUGGAUCUUCACCUGUGUUCAAAUCCAGACGCAAAGCCCAGAAUUUUCUCAUGCAAUUACUGCCAGAGAAAAUUCUACAGCUCCCAGGCUCUGGGCGGCCACCAAAAUGCCCACAAGAGAGAGCGCACUCUCGCAAAGCGGGCCCACAGAUUCGACUCCUGUAAUUGGCCCGCCCUCCACGGCGGCGUGUUUGACCGACGCUCCCUCGGAAUCCACGCGCACUCUCAGCUGAUCCACAAGCCGCCGCCGGGUAAUGCCUUUUCCGGAUCCGGGUAUGGGUGGUCCAGGCCGGCGUUCAUCGGUCAGCUGCCGGCCGUCGGGCGGCUCACGGCGGUCGCUGGCCGAAGCUUUGGGGUUUUUGAAAACGUGGGGUGGGCGGCGAUCGGAGCUUCCGCCGCCGGUAAUAAUAGUAAUAGUAAUAUUGUUCAUUCUCAGACGAAACAAGAUCAGGAGACCAACUUCCUUGACUUGUCUCUCAAACUCUAACCUAAGAAGAUUAUUAUUAAUUAAUUAUUAUUAUUAUUUUUUCCAUUAUGUUAA